AUGGGUGUCCGCGAUGCAGAUGAGUGCGAAACACUCGAAAUAAGCUCCACCCGUUUAGAGCUCGAAACAUCACGAAUAUUAGAUUCCGCCUCAGCCGUUGACGACACAAGUCGUCAACAGCCAAGAGAAAGAACCUCAUCACCAACUACUCCUACCUCGUUAGAGAAAGCAUCUCUCCUUAAUAAUAACAUUCUUAAUAACAACAUUAACCACUCAUCACCUCCAAAACGAAAAUUACAUCAAAACCAAAAAUCACCACAUAAAUCUUUGACAGGGCAUGCUUCCGCCUCGUUAUCUUGCUCUAUAUCAAUCUUUAUCAUAUUUAUUGUUACAAUCGUUUUAUUGGGAGCUACAUUAGAUUCAUUUUUAAACCAUCAAAAAGAUUCGAAGGGUUGUCUUGUAUCUUAUAUGCGUCCUUCAUUCAUAAAGCAAAAUGGCUUUGAUAGCGAACAAACUAGAUUUGCCGGAAAAUAUGGCCUAUAUUUAUACAGAGAAUUGGGCUUAGAUAUUAGUGAAGAGCCAACUGGAAUUCCUGCGUUAUUUAUACCGGGAAAUGCUGGAAGUUAUAAACAGGUGCGAUCAAUUGCAGCUGAAACUGCAGUGUUAUAUUAUGAAUCGAUGUCUCAAGAACCAAAACAUUGGGAACAAGGUGUUCGAGGAAUUGAUUUUUUUACAGUUGAUUUUAAUGAGGAAUUUUCGGCAUUUCAUGGACAUUCAUUAUUGGAACAAGCUGAAUAUCUCAACGACGCGAUUAGAUAUAUUUUAUCUUUGUAUCCAACUGUACGAAAGCAUCAAUAUAGUCAUCCAUCUCAACCACAUCCUGACCCUGCUUCAGUAAUCAUAAUUGGUCAUUCGAUGGGCGGAGUUGUUGCACGUACCCUCUUCACUAUGCCAAAUUAUCAACCAGGCUCAAUAAAUACAAUAUUGACUAUGGCAACACCGCACCUUUUACCGCCAGCUCCUUUUGAUUGGCAGAUUAGCAAAAUCUAUACGGAUAUUAAUGAAUUUUGGCGAAAUGGAUAUUCGAGUAAUGCGUCUCCAUCAAACUCUUUAUCAGACGUCACAUUAAUUUCAAUUGCCGGUGGAACUCUUGACACAAUAGUCUGUUCUGAUUCAGCUAAUAUAAAUUCGUUGGUGCCUGCUUCACAUGGAUUUACUGUUUUCACCACAUCCAUUCCUACUGUGUGGACUUCGAUGGAUCAUCAAUGUAUACUUUGGUGUAAUCAAUUUGUAAAAGUUGUAGCUAAUACUUUAUUGAACAUUGUUGAUAUUAGACGUGCUAGUCAAACAAAAACUAUUUCAGAAAGAAUGUCGAUAUUUAGAAAGUUUCUGUUAACUGGAUUAGAAGUCGGGUUUCCCGAAAUUGAAGCUCCAAAGAAAAAAUUAGAACCAUUUGGAAUAAUAAGUCUGGAAAAAGAUUCAAAUACAUUUUUGGACAUGGGUCAAAGAUUAGUAUUGGAAAAAUUGGGAUCAGCACCAAAAGUUCAUUUGAUGCCUAUACCUCCGACAGCUCCUCACUCUACCCUGAAUACAUUUUCCUUGUUGACGGAUCAAUCACUUGGAAAAGAUUCCCUUGUCGAUGUGCUUUUAUGUGAUAUCAUGCCUACAGAAGUGCGCGAAUCAAUUAAAAAUAAUUCUUCCACCAAUAAUAUAGUUUUAUCCACAGCUCCCCGAUUGUCAUGCCAUAUUGCAUCCGGUGAUGCUAUUGCUGUUCCAGCUUCGGGGAAAGAUGAUGAAUACCCAUAUUCCGGAAGAACAUUUAGUUUUUUAAAAUUGAAGGUCAAAGAUUUGGGAGAUUAUCAAUAUAUAGCCAUAAUUGAUCAAGAUGGAAAAGGGACUGGUGGUUUUCUAUUGGCUGAAUUUUAUGACGAGCACUCGACAAUUAAUUCUCUUGAUACCUCUAUCAAAGAAUUAAUUAUGGAGGGAAUACAUGUUGAUGCUGUCUCUGAAAAUCAUUCACUUGUCUCAGUUUUACGGAUACCGAUUAUUGACAGUAGCCUUUUGACAUAUAAAAUGACUAUUAAUCGACAUGGAUGCUCUGAUGGCCUUUUUGCUCCGUUCCUUCGUCAGUCGAUUUCGUCUAUGUAUGAGUCGAAAUUUCUUGUGAACAUCAAACAUGCAGAUAUCAACAUCCAUGGACAAGCUCCUUUUGUUACACCUGUGAGUGCGCCGCAUCUACGUAGAGGGCUCGAAUUGCAAUUCUGGAUGGAUCCUACGUGUCACGCCCCAUUAUCUUUAGAUAUUGAAUUUGAUUUGUACGGGAGCUUGGGUAAAAUCGUAAUGCGAUUCCAAACAGUUUUGGUCGCAUUUCCUUUUAUGGUCGUUAUAUUAACACUCAGAGCGCAAAUAAGAGAGUAUAAUCGUGGAGAACCUUUCUACAGUUUUGGUCACGCAUUGCAUCUAUUUAUUAGCCAAACAAUGCCAAUUUUUCUUUUAAUGAUAUCUUGUUUAUCCAUUUAUCAGUCUGUCACUCGAGCAUCGAAAACUUAUUCAUUAGCAGAUCUGUUUCCUGUAGACACUACGCCAGGAGACAUGCAUAAAGUUAUUAAAGCAAAAGCUUCAUUCAAUGUGAACGAUACAUUAUUGGGAAAUCAUGAUCCAUUUUUUUGGUUUUUACCGCCCUUAUUCUUUCUUAUGAGUGUGGGCAUUACAGCAUUUUGUUAUGCACUGUUAUCAAUUCUUGUGAGAUCGUUGGCUAGUAUAACAUCAUUCAUUAGUCAAAGAAGGCCGUCAGUUGCUAGAUUCGUCGGCAGGCAAGAACCUUUGAUUUUUAUUUGA